UUUUAAAGAAAUACCUGAAACACGCUGCUUUCUUGUGACGUCAUGGGAAAAUAUAAACCAGCCAACCUGUGGCCAAGAUAAUUGUGGACCUCCACUAGACUGGUUCAUCCUUAGGUACAAUUUCCAUAUGAAGGUGCAACAUUUAUAUGUCCAAAAAUGUAACCCAAGUGUAAAUGACCUGGGAAUGCCCAGUUAUUAAACUGUUCAGGCAGGAAACAGGUUCUGUGUCCCGGAGAUAAACGUGUUUAGAGAAAAUGUGUGCAUGAAACCCAAACAAAAGCAAAAAGCAGAAGAAGAUGCUGGGUACUGCUGGUAAGAGAUUACCAUUAUUUACACUGAAAGCCUGAGCACCAUUUCAACUUUAUGGGGUGGCAGUGUCAUAGGUGUGGGGGUUUCUUUCUGCAGGAGGGACAAAUGCACUUCACGAAAUAGUACCAAAUAAUCUUAGUAAUCCUGCUUGACGUAAAACAGGAAACGUUUUGUGUGAUUCAAUGCCAGACAGUUCAGUUCAUAUCCAAGCUGUUAAGAUUCUGACCUUGGAAAUUCCAAAACUGUCCACAUGGCGGCGGCAGAACACACCUGCAGUGACCUGCGCCCUGAAGGCAGAUAAAGCGACAACAGCGUGAAAAACUUUUAGCCAGUCCGACGAGAUUGUGCGCCUUGACGCACCGGCCAGACAUCCGCAGGAAUGGGAGCCAAGCAAACGCGUUCUGAGCACGAUCACCAGGAUCUGGUGGAAAAAACUGGAUUCUCAGUCGAGCAGAUCCAAAAUCUGCUCAAGCGAUUUCAGCAGCUGAGUGGAAAUGAAGAAACAAUAAGCCGAGAACACUUGAAGAGCAUACCAGCCCUUGCCAACAACCCCAUCAGAAUGCAAAUUAUCGAGGCGUUUUUUGAUAAAAGGAACCAGCAUGGGAAUGAGUUGGGAUCAUAUGAGGAGAUUGGCUUUGAGGAGUUCCUCAUGGUCAUGUCCCAUUUCCGUCCUCCAACUCUGACAACAACCACGGAGGAGAAGGAGACGAUGAGAAAAGAAAAGGUUCGCUUCCUGUUUAACAUGCACGACACAGAUGGUGAUGGCAAAAUCACACUGGCGGAGUACAGGAAGGUUGUCGAAGAGCUUCUGUCUAAAAGUGGCACCAUCGAGCAGGAGGCCGCUAAGGCGAUAGCAGAUGCUGCCAUGCUGGAGGUGGCGAGCACAAAUGUGCCCAACAUGGGACCAGAUGACUUCUAUGAAGGAAUUACAUUUGAACAUUUUGAACAGAUUUUAAAAGACCUUGAAAUGGAGUCCAGGAUGCACAUUCGCUUUCUGGAUGUGAACGCCACUAAAGUUCACUGUGGGAAAUGACCCAGUUGAAGGACUUGUUAUUCUAAAGAAUUCUUAAAGUUGCUGCUGUUUUUAGCAGAGCCAUCUGUGUCCUUAACAGGGGAAAAGCAAACAGAUUUUUUUCAUGCACUAACAUGUUUUUAAAAGACAAAAACAAUAAUUAUCUCACAACUGCAAUCUGCAUGUGAAUUAAAGGUUUAAAAACACUAAAAGUAUGUAUUUACAGAAAGAUAUUUGAUGUAUGUUGGUGUUAAGGUUUUAGCAUCUUUUAAGAGGCAGUUUAGAUAUUUCAACCCUCUUUUCAGACUUUUCUGAGCCUCUUUAUAUUUAUUAAUAUUUAAUACAAUCCCAGGAUGUCAAGUUGAGGUAAAGCUCUGCAAAAUGCCAGCAUGCAGCAUGAAGAUGAAUUCACUACAGGCACAGACCAUUCUUCCACAGAACCAGAAUAGACAGAUAAUUUAUGUUUUUACUGCUGAAACUGUGUAUAAUCUACCAUUACUGACAUAAGAUAAAAAUACACUAUUUUUGGUUAUUAUUGAAAUGAUUUAUUUUUCCCUCAUUUUAAAACACAAAUUUGAAAAUAAAAAUGGUAAAUAUCUGGA